CUUUUGCCCUCGCAGUUAUCCCAUCACCAACCGCCAUUUUCUAUAUAUGCCUCCCUUCAUCCACCCUUUUCUCAUCCUCAUCCUCAUCCUCUGCCUUUCAAUCUGGUUUUUUCUUUCUUUCCUUAACCUUCAUCUUCGAUUCAUUGAUUCCGCCAGAUUACAUCUAGAUCUCUCUGCUUUCUGGGCUUGAUUUGAAGAUUCUGUUUCGUUUCGUUUCGUUUCUUUGAUUUGAGAACAUGGCUUGUUUGGUUUCUCGUACUGGAAGAGAAUUGCAGAGAUAUAAUCAUAUGGGGUUUCGCCAAGUUGUCGGUUGUAUACCGUACAGAUUUAAAUACAAUGAAGAUGGGAUGAAGAUUGAUAAUGAAUACGAGGUGCUUGUGAUAAGUUCUCAAAAGGGUCAAGGCCUGAUGUUCCCCAAGGGUGGUUGGGAGCUUGAUGAAUCCUUAGAACAAGCUGCAUCUAGAGAAUCACUUGAAGAAGCUGGAGUUCUUGGCCAAGUUGAGUCUCAACUUGGGAAAUGGAGAUUCAUCAGCAAAAGCCAAGGCACUUACUAUGAAGGCUAUAUGUUCCCUUUAUUUGUUGAGGAGCAGCUAGACCUGUGGCCUGAGAAGCAUGUUCGAGAGAGAAUUUGGAUGAGUGUUGGUGAAGCUAGAGAAGUAUGCAGACACUGGUGGAUGAAGGAAGCUUUAGAUAUCUUAGUUGAAAGACUGACAUCCAUGGGAGAGCAAAAGGAGGAUGAUCUUCUAGCAACUGAUGAUCUGUGAGCUCAGUCUUGUCUUCUGUUCCUUGUAAAUAUGGAGAGGAAAACUAAAAUUAAAUGGUUUGAUCUUUUCGCCAUGUUCAUGACAUUGACAAAAGCUUGAUCUGGGCUGUACAUGGGGGUUGGGGCUGUUCAUGAUCAAUUGUGAAUUAUAGCUGCUGUAGGCAAAGAUAGUUUGUUUUCUUUCGUUAUGUUACCAUCAAUUUUGAAAUAAUACAAAUAGAUAUCGAUGAAAUGAAAGAUGGCACCCAAUCCACUUGCAACUGA